AUGGAGAACAAGAAGAGAGUCAUCCCUAUUUUUUGCGAUGUGAAGCUAUCAGAGCUCAGCGUUAGGGACAAUGGAACACAUCCGGCUGCCGAGAUUCGAAGGUUUCAAUUGGCUCUCGAGGAAGCAAAAUACACCGUAGGACUCACAUUUGAUACAUCUAGUGGAUUUGUGAGAUUCGUAAAUACGCCUGCGAUUAUCGAGAGAUUUGCCACUCUGGAGAAAGAGAUCUUGCAGAUUGAGCAUUCCAUUCAAGCUAAUGAAAUCGCCAAUGCUGCUGAUGCUGAGCAGAUACAAGACGGGAGUAAUUCUGGAGUUAGCAGUAAUGUAAGGAAGUCAAAUGAGUCCUCCAAGAAGGAAUCUGAGAAUGGCAAUGAGACUGCAGGAGAGGAAACCUCCAAGAUCCAGCUUCAACGUCUUCUUGAAACCCGAAGAACAUUGCUUCGGAGAGAGCAAGCAAUGGCCUAUGCACGAGGCGUUGUUGCUGGUUAUGAAAUUAAUAGUAUUGAUGAUCUCAUACUAUUUGCUGAUGUUUUCGGAGCGUCUAGGUUAAGGGAAGCAUGUGUAAAUUAUAAGGAACUAUGGAAGAAGAAGCACGGAGACGGGCUUUGGAUGGCAGAAUUAGCAGCUGUGAAAGCAAUUGCUCCAGUGGACAUGUCAUUAUUGGGUUCCUCGGGGAUCAUCCUCACCAAUGAAGGUGCUGCUCUUUCGCUACAUGGAACCGACUCAUCUAAUGCAAGUUCUGAAAUUAAAGAUGACAAGUCGGUUAAUUUGGACCAACAUCCGCCCGGUGUUCCAAACUUUCAAGCACCAAUGGGAUGGCCAAACCAUAUACCUCAGUACUUCUAUCCGCCUCCAUACCAAGGUUAUCCGUAUCCUCUAAUGCAACCUAUGCCAAAUCAAAACCAAGGAAACAUGCCAUGGCUUCCAAAAAGCAAAACUUUCAAGAAAAAAGGGAAAAAGGAUUCUGAUGAAGAUGGGUCUAGUGGAUCAAGUGACUCUGCCUCGGCCAGCGAUGAUUCUGCUUCAUCUUUGGAAGAUCAAGGUAAAAGACACUCUCAUACGGGUAAAAACUCUCGUCGGUCAAAGAAAAGCCGGAAGAAGUCAUCUAAAACUGUUAUCAUCCGUAAUAUUAACUACAUAACCCCCGAGGGAAGAAACGGCGACAUGGAGGGAGAGGAGUUUAUGGAAAACGGUUCCAUCAAAGAGACUGUAGAUGCUGCUGUUGGAUUUCUCAAGGACAAAAAUGCUCAUGAGGGAGGAGUUUCUACUCAAGAAAAACGAAGCAAUGAGAAUUGGGAUUUGUUUCAGAACAUUCUGAUGAGGCACGACGAUGGCUCAGAUGUGCAUUCCAUGGAUGUCGUCAAUGAGGAGCAUUUCACCCUCAGAGGCUCUAGUCCGGGUGUGAAUUCUAAUGGUUUGAAAGCAAGUAACGAUGCCUCGGGUGAUUCCAUAAUCACAACUCAGAAACAUGGAGAAAAUGGAGGAGUGACGUUUGAUCAUUUUGAAAAUGAGGAUAGUGCUCGUAGGCUUCCAAGAACGAGGGACUCAACUGAAGAAUGUAUGUUAUUGCUAAAAAGAUCGGAUAUGUUAGGAGAUGAAAGCAAAGACAUGUAUAAUGCUACAAGGGGUGAAUCGUUGGUGAAGAAGUCAGGGAGUGGAGAGGAUUGGUUUACUUCUGAUCAUCGUGCAGGAAAACCGGAAAGCAACUACGGGAGAUUAUCAUUGGAUGAUAGUAUUUUGACAUCUGAACGUUCUGAUAGGAGCAAGAAACAAGAAUUUGGUGAUGAUUCUUUCAUGGUGCAUUCAUCAUCGCUUGCCGGUGACGAUCUUUAUGACUCUCGAUGGAGACCAGACAUGGCUGCAGAUAUUGCUUUAUCCACUGACAUCGAAAACGGCCAAGCCAAUGAAAAGCGUGAAAUGUCUGGCUCUUGGGAACCGAAUGAUCUUUGUAUGAUUCUUGAACGCAAUUCAGGAGACUCGUUGCCUAAUGAUUACUCGAUUGACUUCUCUGCUGAAGCGAAUGCAAGGCUAUCCAGUAACGGAACAGCUCAGGAGAAAGAAGAUAAGACCGCCGUCUCAAGCGGCGAGAAGAAGAACAAUGUGAAGAACCCGGAAGCUCGUAAGUCUAGAACUCCAGGUAGAACCAGAGCUGAAACCAUGUCCAAGACUGUAAAGAAACCAACAGUAGCUAACAGAACAAUGGCACAGAAGAACAAGUUUGAAAAGGAAGAAGAGAUGAGGAAGAGAAUAGAGAAUCUUGUAAUGGAAAGACAGAGAAGAAUCGCUGAGAGAUCAGCCGCGACUGCAACUCGAAAAGCUUCGAACCGAACUCCGUCGGUUCGUGAAAGAGCAACAUAA